AUGACUUCUUCUGUAUCAAUAAAUGAUGAUUUAACCUCAUCGCCUUUAAUAAAAUCAACAACCUCAAAAUCGACACUUUCAAAUAAAGAUGAAGGACCAGCAAAUACAAACUCACCAUACACAAUUAAUGAUUUGAUAUCCAAGGUUGAUUCGUUAAUGGAUACUUGUGAUUACGAAUUGGCAUUGAAAUUUUGUUUAAGAGCAUUAAGUUUAGACCCAAACAGCACAAAAGUUUUGGAAAUUUUGGGCGUGAAUGAAAUUGAAUUGGAAAUGUUUGAAGAAGCUAAAGAGCAUUUUUCUAAAGCGAUUUCGAUAAAUCCAAAUCAAGGUUACUCAAAAUACAUGUAUAUGGGUCAAUUGACAAAUGAUGAAAGAGAGAAUGCAGGAGAAGGAAGUAAUGAUGAUGAUGAUGACAUUAAAUCAAAGGAAAUUUUAAAGCGUAAAAUUUCUUCUGCUUUAUGUUCAAUGGUUGAAAUAUAUUUGACAGAUUGUUGUUAUGAAUCAGAUGCUGAAAUAAAAUGUGAGAAUUAUUUAAAUCAAGCUGUAGAAAUCGAUCCAACCAAUCCGGAAAUAUUUCAAUGCCUAGCUUCAGUAAGACUUUCUCAAGAAAGAAACGAAGAAGCUAAAGUUGCUUUAGAAAAGAGUUUAAGUCUUUGGAUUAAUAAUAAUUAUGAGUCAGAUUAUAAUCACCCAUCAUCAUCGAUACCAUCAUAUGAAACAAGAAUAUCAUUAGUAAAGUUGUUAUUGGAACUCUCUGAAUAUACAAAGGCUCUUUUGGUACUUGAGACUUUACAAAAAGAAAAUGAUCAAGUGGUUGAUUUAUGGUAUCUUUAUGGUUGGUGUUAUUUUUGUAUGAGUGAGGAAACGGAAAAUGAAGGUGAUCAGCAAAUUCAUUUGGAGGAUUCUCAGGAGUGUUUGAUUACUUGCAAAAACUUAUACCAUAAAUUAGAUUAUGAUGAUCAAGACAUUUUACAACACACUCAAGAUUUGAGUGAGGAUGAAGAUUUUAAUAACAAUAAUGUUAUGGAAUUGUAA